ACCCUUGUAAACACAACAGAGUACACUUCCGAUAACCAUCUGACACUCUCCCACGCCAACUGUCAUUAUGAACAAAUCGAUGUUGUGGAGGGGAGCCUGGCUGUCCCUGUUGUUAGUUGGCCUAACUGCGUCCCAAGGACAAAACCUUAUGGGAACCGUUCGGUGUUUGGAGUGUGCGGACGCAAGAUCUCCAGCGGACUGUGACAAUUGGGCGCUUUGUGGACGAUCGCAGAUAUGUUUCACCAGGGAGUACAUCGACCGGAACGGAGAAAGAGCGUUCGACAUGGGCUGUGAGGAUAAAACGAGAUGUGACUUGUUCAUAAGUGCCAAGAUACUUAUCGGGAAACGAAAGACAGACGACCUUGAACUUGGGGAUGAGAAUGACGUAGUUGUUCCUCCUCCAGAGAAGUGCUACCAGUGCUGCCCACAGAACGACUGCAACGCCAGACUCUGCCCUGGCGUCACAGGCGGGGUAACUCCUACCGUUACAUCCGGGUCACCUUCUUCUUGCCCCCCUACAUUUCUUACCGGACCCUCCAGCUGUUACUACGUGGCCAACUGGACGGUCACGUGGGAGGCUGCUCGACUGGACUGUGCAAGACGAGGGUCCGACCUGGUAUCCAUCCACACCAGUCGGGAGCAGACCUUCCUGGCCAACCUACUGAAUGAAACUCAAGCUACCUACCACCCAGCCCAGGGCUACUGGACAGGGGGAGUCUACGUGACAGCUACCAAGGAGUGGAUAUGGGUGGACAUGACUAAGGCCGCGUUCACAACCUGGGGUCCAGGGCAACCGGCCACCCAAAACUAUGACCAGAGAGUUCUUCUGCACAACCCAUUCAAGUACCCCACCUUUGGCGGGUGGCAGUGGGCCAUUGCUUUCCAUACAACUGGAAUGGGUUUCAUCUGUGAAAGGGAUUUCGUAUAAGCUUUAAUAAAUCUAUCGAAUUGUUCAAGGA